AUGUUUUCUCUUCUAGUUAAUAUUCCUGCUUAUGCUAAAUGGAAACAGAAUGGUGUGACUGUUGCUGGAGGUAACGGGAUAGGGAAUGCCACUAAUCAACUCUGGUACCCCAAUGGCCUCUUCGUUGAUGAUGAUCAAACAGUGGUUAUUGCUGACUACUCGAAUAAUCGUAUCAUCCAAUGGAAGAACGGUGACACAGCGAAUGGACAAGUUGUUGCUGGUGGCAAAGGCGCAGGAAGAGGAUUACAUCAAUUGAAUCAGCCAAUUGAUGUGUUAAUUGACAAAGAGACGGAUAGUCUCAUUAUUUGUGAUUAUGGGAAUGGACGAGUUGUACGAUGGUCUCGUCGUAGUGGCACAACACAAGGUGAAAUACUCAUCGACAACAUCAAUUGUAAUGGAUUAGCAAUGGAUGAGCAGAGAAAUCUCUACGUUUCUGACUGGAAAAAACAUGAAGUGAGACGAUAUAAAUUGGGUGAAAAGAAUGGCACUCUCGUAGCUGGUGGUAAUGGUGAAGGUGAUGGACUAAAUCAACUCAACGGACCAACAUAUCUUUUUGUCGAUCGAGAUCAUUCAGUCUACGUAUCAGACAACGAGAAUCAUCGUGUAAUGAAAUGGGUGGAAGGUGCAAAAGUAGGUAUUUUGGUCGCUGGAGGACAAGGCGCAGGGAGUGCUCUGACACAAUUGUAUUAUCCUCAAGGACUCUUCGUUGAUAAGUUGGGUACACUGUAUGUAGCAGACUCGGUGAAUCAUCGUGUAAUACGUUGGACUAAAGGAGUAAAACAAGGCACGGUAAUUGCGGGUGAAAAUGGCGCCGGAGCAGGAGCAAAUCAGUUCAACUACCCCUGUGGUUUGUCUUUCGAUCGACAUGGUAAUCUUUAUGUCGCCGAUUUGAAUAAUCAUCGUGUUCAACGAUUUUCUAUCGAAUAA